UUUUUAGACCGAUUCUAUAAUUGUUCCCUAAUAUGGCAUUCAAUGAAUGAUUUUCAAAAAGAGGAAAUUUUGUAUAAAUUACGUACGUUUCUUACCAUUUGGGACAAUAUUUCUUUCUUUACUCUCAUUUAACAAAAAAACUUGUUAACUCUUAUUAAAGAUGUUUCGAUUACAACAGAGUUUAAAAAAUUACAAUAAUUUUAUCACAUUACAACAACAAAAUCCAAUUCUAGCACGUACAGUUUAUAGUUCCUUAAAUUUAAGAUUUCUUCCUUCAGCUUUUUAUUCCACAAAAAAAAUCAACCUACCAAAAAUUAACGAUGAAAAAGUUGUUACAACACUUUUUACUGAAUAUGAUAGAUUAGAUUCUUUUAUUGGGGACAGAGCAUAUAAUUAUUAUGCGACAAGAGCAUUAAAAUUAAAAGUUCCUGGUGCGAUUAGAAAAGAUUUUAUGAUAAUCGCCAACAGAAUAAUUCGAAGAGAAUUUUUAGCUGAAAUAGCAGUUAAAUGUGAAUUAGAUAAACUGAUGUUACAGCAUACUAAAAAUAAUUAUCAUUUGGGAGAAAUGAUGGAAGCUUAUUGUUCAGCAAUGAUAUUUAAUGGAAUGGAAGAAGAAAUGAAGAAAUUCACAUCAGAUAUAGUUGAUUAUUAUUUUGAGAAAAAUAAGACUAAUAAAGAUGUUAAGGAAGGACAAAAUAAAACCAUUGAAGAAAUGAAGAAGAAUGAUGAUAAGAAAGAGGAGAAAAAAGAUAAACAAAAAGGAAUGGUGGAAAUGAAGAAGAAUGAUGAUAAGAAAGAUGAUAAGAAAGAUGAUAAAACAACAAAUGAAAUAACAAAUAAAGUUGUUAAGGAGACCAAUAAAGAAGAAAAGCAACAAAAAGGGGUAGAAAUCAAUAAGAAUAAAAAUAUAAAAGAGAAUAAAGUUAGUCUUGAAAAUUCUAAAAAGAAAAAGAAGAAAAAGAAAGGAACCAAUGAUAAAACUAUCAAAGAAAAGGAAAAGGAAAUAAUCUUAUCGAUAAAAGGACAAUAAAUUGUGGAAUAAAUGUGGAAAACUUAUAAAGCGAGGUAAAUGAAUGGGGUCGUAGUGUCGUAUAGAUUAAAUAAGCAGAUACGAGAUAAGAAAUAUACUGCGGGCAGCCGAUCGAAUCCGAUAUGAAAGAAAUAUUUGCGACACACACAAUAUGUCAAUAUAUCAAUAUUAUCAAUAUAGACCUAAAUAUAGAAUAAUUAUUUUUUUUUUUUUUU